GCUACGAGAGGCACUCGUUUCACCGCGCUCGUGGUUGAAAAUGGCGAUCAUGACAGCGCCGUCGGUGUUGCUCGCCGUGGUGUUUCUAGCAUCGAGCUCCCACGUCAGCGCGCUCGGCGAACUUGUCGAGCUCGACGAGAACUCGUGGAGUCAGCUUCUCGAAGGGGAAUGGAUGGUCGAAUUCUUCGCGCCAUGGUGCCCGGCGUGCAAAGCGCUCGGGCCUGUCUGGAACGACUUCUCGAAGUGGAGCAAAGACCUGGGCGUCAAAGUCGCCCACGUUGACGUCACCACGAACCCAGGUCUGAGCGGGAGAUUCAUGGUGACAGCGCUGCCGACCAUCUAUCAUGUCAAAGAUGGCGAGUUCAGGCAGUAUCGCGGCACCAGGGACAAGGAGUCGUUCAUCAACUUCAUCGAAGAGAAAAAAUGGCAGAGCAUAGAGCCAGUCUCUACCUGGAAGAGUCCCCAGUCCAUACAGAUGUCCAUGGUGGCUCAGUUCUUCAAGUUAUCCAUGAGUUUGAGGGCCCUGCAUACAACGUUGGUUGACUACUACGGCAUCCCAUACUGGGGCUCGUACAUACUCUUUGCCCUGGGAACAAUCAUCAUUGGUGCUGUCUUGGGUCUGUUGAUUGUAUGCAUCAUAGACACAGUAUUCCCAGCAAAACUGCCCGCGUACAAACCUGUGAAGAAGUCAGAAUCUGACAAUGAAGAGGAAGAGGGCGAAAGCGAGUCUGAAGGCGGCAACAAGUCUGACGACGACGUGAUCCUGGACGACACUCUCGAGGAGAAGGACAUCGGCGACGGUGAGGGUGCACAGCUGAGGAGGCGCAACCCCGAAGCAGUAGAGUGAGCAUUUUGCCCACCCAUGCUCCGAGGUGCUCAGGUUUCUCGACGAGCAAUGACCACCGAAUAACUGCCUCGGCGAAAGAUGCGGGGAAAUCUUGUUGUCUCGAUAAGGUCUUUGGCACAAGCUUCGUCUUCGGGGAGAGGGCCCCCGCAGUUUCAAGCAGCUAGAGUUCCACGUGAAACACUAGUGGCUAAUUCAUGAACCAAGUUUGUCAUUGUUUUUUUUUUUACUUUGUUAUAUGUGUGUGUGAAAAUUUGCACUUCGGGAGGAGAGACUGCUUACGAUAGUUGGGCUCCAUUGUUAGUCAAGUCACUUUUUUGGGGAUGCGGUUAAAUGCAGUUAGUGGUCAAGCUAGGGUCAGUGAAUGGGAAUUUCGUGAAAGGGGAUUUUAUAGAAGGGGGCUUAAGUGAUAGAUGUGUAAAACUGUUUGAGCUGCACUCUCUGUCUCUUUCGUCGAUCGUCUCUUGUUGUGAAAGCCAAAGGAAUGUGUGGUCGUUUGUGGCUGCCAGUUUGCAUGGUGCUUUGGUUUUAGCUGAAUAUAUAUUUUUUACUUGUUGGGCUUACGAUUCCAGUACAGCUUAUCCUGUGAUAUGCUUGGAUAUUCAAUUCGAGAACAGGAAUUGGCUUGUUGAAAUCGAUCAGAUAAGCGCUGAUGCGAAUUGUCCAAAGGAAACGGAGUGUGGGUGUCUGUGUGCACAGGCUGUGCUACAAAAGUCUUGCUUGUAUACAGUCUUUGUCAAAAGUUUCAAAGCCACUCCACAGACAAGACUAGUCGCCAAACCAACAACAUUUCCGUUCAAUAUGUCUGCUGCUCCAAAGCUUAUGAGAGCAGGGAGCAGUGUUCCUCUCGAUUUCCGGAACUUUUGAGCGACAAAAGUUUCACAGGCACUCUUGGCGCAAAGCUCCCUGAUGGAUAUCCAGUCACACAUGUGCCAGCUUUGAAAGUUUUGACAGAGACUGCACGUCUGUGCAGCAGUCCGUUCGUUAGUCCAGACUUUCGAAGUGCAGGCUUCACACUUUCGGCUUACUUAAAGAAAACAAUGGUCUCAGAGGGAGUGCCUUAAAAGAAACACAUUCGCUUAUCAUUUUCUGUGUGCUUUGGAUGCUUGUGUUUUUAGUUUGUGUCUCUUGCCUUGCAAGUUUAUUGCAUCAGGGAGUCCUAUAACCAUGUCACGUGGUAGAGCGAGCGGUGUCACAUACGCAUGUAGCAUGUUUGUGAUAGGUCUCCCGUGUGAUUCGAAUACAAUUUCUGAUGGCAGGGGCCAAUGAAGAAGCGCACGCACGACAGCCAAGGUUUCUCUCGCCAGCAGACUGUUUACCUGCUGUCAUGCGUCGUAGACGUGUUUACAGAACAUGCAUACCUGUGAGCUGGGUCUAUGGUUGAUGUGCAAUGAAUGUGUCGAGUACAACAGUGGCGGUGCUUGCGUUUUGACUAUGCCACUCUGAAAGCUUGUCUUCUUAAUAAAAGGUUGUAGUAUUUCUAGGCUCAAGGUAAUGUGAAUGCCACGUUAGUUGCGCCGCACUCUUUGCUUGUGCACGUGGCAAGUCGCGGCGAUGUGUGCACAGCACAUGUACGUGACACGUUAGCCCCGGUAGAACAUAGCAUGUGACGGGUCAAGAAUGCAGCUGAACGUGUGCCUUGAAGGCAGCCUCUAAGGCUAACUGCAAAUGAAGUUCUGAGGAAAGAAAAGGGAAGGAGGGGAGUCUUCAGGUGCACAUGAUACGAACUUUGUGGUGUUAGCAACCUCCUAGGGAAUCUACCAGUGUUUCUUGCGUUCUUAUCCAAGUAAUUAGUCUUAAUGCGCAACCUUCUCUAUUUUGCAACUUUAUGGCCACAUUGUCAAUGCGAGAUUUAUAGAGCACACUUGGAAACAUCUUUGUCGGUUGUUUGCAGCACUCUAGCUCUUGCGUAAAUCUUUUUUCAUUUGCGCAUUUGAAAGAAAGCCGCCGUGGUGCUCAAGUGGUGCGCCAUGGCAGCCAAGAUGCACAUCUACAUCCAGAGUGUGCAGUUAGAAGUUUCUCUUUGCUGAUUAUAAGAUUCUUACUAGCAGAAUGCAUACUCUGAAUGGUUGAGCGAACAAAUGUUAACUGUGCCAUAAUCGACAUUGUCCAACCAUUUCUAGUUUCAACGUAGCAGCUGAAAUGCUUGCUUAAAUAAAGCAUGGCCGACCAAAUUUCAAAUUUACUGUUAUAUCUAAUAACUUGUUAUACGUAUAUGGGCUCUAUCAUUACCUUAAUGAAUUUUCUAAUGUCGGAGGGAUGAAAGACAUACAAAUCAACUUUCUUUUUGGGGGGGGGGGGGGGGGGGGGAAGGGGGUUGGGAAGGAGCCUUUCUGCAUUGUUGACUUGUCACAGACUAUAUAACGUUGCUUAUAUGUUUAACAUGGGCAAGCUUGAUGGCAUUAUGUGUUCAAUGCUUAAAGUCCAACUGCAGUGAAAUUUUGUACCUCAUGAAAAGGCUAGUUUCAGAUAGCACAGACGUAGAGCAACUGCCAUGCAAAAUAUUAUAUUUGAGAUACGUGUGGAUGAGUCGUGGAAAGCUCACAGGCAGACAUUUUUGAUUACAAAACUGAAGGAAAAGAUUUGCGCCGUUACUGCUCACCGAAAAUUAUGCCAGUUCGGAACAUAUUAGAACCAGCACGGCGCCUGGGCAGAUCAGAUGGUGCCCAUGGACAGUCGAGGAUCACAGAGGCCAUGGUCUGGUGCACACGUCAUCUGCUUUGGUGCUAUUUAAAGGCUGUUAAUCAGGAAAGUGUACAACUGUCGACCCUGCAGAUUUGCCAAGACUGCUUUAAAAGCAUAUAUAUUUGCUCAUUUAUAACCACUUCUGCCCAAGCGAAAUUUCAUUGCAGUUAGUCUUUAAGCUUGGUCAUGUGACACUAGUGUUUGUAUGUGCUAUGGCUGCUUGGGCAUUCCAGUCAAGAUAGCAGCAGCAGAGCUAACAGGCAUAGAUCCCUCUCUGCCAGGGACAGCUAAUGGGUUUCUCGUAAAUGCUUGUUGGCGACACUGAAAAGAAUCAGCAUGUGUGUGUUGGAGACGUCUGCCUGGCUGCAAGCUACUACUGCUGUUUCUCUUUUUUUCCCCGUGAAAUUUCAGUUGUAAUGUGUUUGUCCGUAGCGUAUUUAUUUGCCGCACUCAUUGCUUGCUUCUUUUUUUACUCCAAGAAAUGCAUUUUUCGUUGCUUUUCUUGAGGCAGCUUCUCUUGCGUGGAAUAAAGUGUGGUUUCUACUUUUAUAA